AUGUUGGACGUCUUUGGAGCGGGUCAAUCGGGCCGACCGCCGCUUUUCCUCCACGUUCUGACCAUGUCCGUUUUCUCACUGUUUGUUUUCUUGUUGGUUGACUGUCUUCUUUUUGGACUCACCUUGUACGAAACCCAUUUUUCCUUUUUUCUUUUUGUUCAUUUUUGAGGUUUAUUUUACACACUUCCAUUUGUUAAGAUGGCUUUUUCUCGCAGAUAACCAGCUAUUGACGUCAUGUUUUUGUCUAAAUCACUUUCUAAAUGGGAAAUGAACAUGUGAACUUCUAAGGUGUGAUCAGGGACGUAAAUUUACCUAUUACUUUUCCCUUGAAGUUCAUCAAAAAGAAUUCAAUUAGUUAGUUUAAUAUCGUGGUAGUCAAAUUUUGCGCCAAUGUAUUUCGCUGUGAUAAGUAACGAAUUUGUAAAGUGUCAUUUUUGGCACUGAGCUGAGGGUUAGUACUUUUAUUUUCCUCCAAUUACAUUGAAUAGUAUUUUGGUCAAUUUUGAUGAAUGUCUAAAGUUACCGAUGAAGUGACCUCUCUAGUAGAAUAUAUUUCUAAUUGGUGCUCUUGAAGCCGCACUUGAAUGUAUUAUAUGACGAUGAAGAAUCAAUUAACGUGCGAACAGCUGGAAAAAAAAAGAAGAAAAAAAGAAGGAAUUUUCUCCGAAAGCGAUGGAAGCGGUGAUUUCGGUCGACGGCUUGCGCGAUUAGCGAUGCGAGCGUUCGAAAAAUCUCCGUCGAACGGUUCCCCCUGCGCCUCUCUAUAUGUAUUCAUUUUGAAGCAAGGGACGUUGGAAUCCGCUCCAAGAUUCGGCGCAUAUAAUUGCGUUUUUUGCGAGUUAUUUUAAUUUCUGCCCUCCGUCCAGUUUAUAUUCUUUUCGCUUGAGAUAUUUCCUUGGGUGAAGUCAUUUUCGUGGCUUGUUGUCUUUUUUUCUCAGCUAUAUUUUAGAAUUCUAGAAAAAAAAUGAUCAAUUGGAAUAUUUUCAAAAUGUUAUUGAAGCCCUUUGGGUUUUUGAUGAUUUAUUUAAAGAAAAAUCAUAAACGAAAUAUUUUUUUCAGUCUUGGAACGCAAACUUUCGUACUAGUAAAUUUUUCUAAAAAAUGUUUCGAACCUCGCGAAAUUCGUACAAAAUUGUUGUUUCCUUUUUUUAUAACCUUUAAUUGUUUGAUUGGGGGUUUUGGACGUGUCUAAGUUGACCAUUUUCGGUCAUUCUGACUUUCUUCGAAUAUGUUUUUUUUUUUGAAACGCACUUUCUCUGAAAAUGUUUUUGUGAAUAAAAUUGCAGACUUCUCCGAUUACAGGUCAACAAGCAGAGGUUGAUGCAAACGGAGAUUCUGCACGACGGCGACGUCCUCCGAAUCGGCGCCGACAACGUCUUCAAGUUCGCCUGCGGAGGUCCUCAAGCUCAGAAUGGAGCUGCGCCGUCGGAUCCGAAGAACAUGUCAGCUGUGGUGAGUCUUUUGCAUAAUUUGCCGUCGUUUUCACCCUGAGGCUGUUUUUUGAACGCUUGGUCUUCCAAGUUUGUGUUUCUCUCUUCAUUCUAGUAACAUGAAAAUCAGCCCUUUCUUCAUAACUUAAAGCGAAAAUAGAGGUUUUUUUUCUCUGUUCUGUAGGAUUUUUAAAUUUAAAAAGACAUAGGGGUAAAGAGCUUUCCAAAAUGUCACAUUUUUUCAAAACCCCUUUUAAACUGCCCAUAUCUCUUUAACCUAUCUUUUCGUGUUUUAUCACAGUCGUGGGGAUGUUCGAAGAAUGAGGAAGGUUCUUUAAUUAUUCCUAAUAUUUUUUUCGCUAACUCGCCUCUUUAAAAAAAGUUAAGUGAAUGCAUAAAAAAACCUUUUUUUCAUGUUAUUGGUUGUGAAGAAAAAACCAAAAAGGAACUAAUCGUAUUUUUAAAAGGAAAAAUUUAAUAUUUGGAUUUUUUUCAAAGAAAAUAACUUUUUAUCCCCUAUCAGACGCACACUAUUGAUAAAAAAUUUUUCACUUUUAUCUCCCCUUUUCCCAGAUUUUAUUUUCAACUAUCAUAAAUCGUUACGAUCUGAAAGUUUUUCCAAACGAGAAAAAGGGCAUGCAAAGUUUUUUUCUCUAUACUUCAAGCGGAUUAUAGUCUUGAAAAAUAGUACCUGAUACCGGAGAUUUUAAAGGGAAUUUAGUGAAGUGAGCAGAAAGCCGAGCUGAGCAGAAAGCUCUGAGCAGAAAGCCAUUUUUCUGGGGCAUGAGAGCUGCUUGAAAAAAAUUAAGAAUACUUAAAAAUUACCAAAAAUAAAUGUUUAUUUCCUCGCCCACUUUCUGGCUGUAGAUCUUUUGGAUUUAGCCCUGAGAAUCUCCUUUCUUUAAAAGAAAAUGAAUUGCUCCUUCUUACUUCUAGCUCGACUCUUCAGAAAAUGAACAUUCGUAUUUUCAGAACGAAUCCCGCUCCUCGAAUAUCCGGAUGCCAAGUGAUUAUGGAGCUCUUCAAAUUCCUCGGUACCCUUAUGAGGCGAGGUAAGAAUCAGUAUCUUUUCUUAGAGACUCAACUUUUCUAAUAUUUCAUAGCAUUUAUUUAAAAUAAAUAGUUAAAAAAAAAUCCCAUCAAAAAUUUAUUUUUAGAAUUCUUUUGACUUGGAUAAAACUUUUUUAUGCCAAAAAUCAGAUUUUUAUCAGAAAACAUGAAAAAAAAUCAUCCUUUUUUAAAAUUUAAUUGAAAGUUUUAAUGAAAUCCACAAAAGGCUUUCGCUUAUUUUCCUGGUGCAAUCUGAUGCUAUUAAUGAUCUGUAACAGAAUUAAGCUCCAAAAUGCAAAUUCUAGUCUGUUGAGAUUAAGAUAGUUGUUGUAAUACUGUUUGGAAAGUAGAGAGGUGUGAAAGAAGAAUAUGAAGUAGAAGAGAGAAGCAAACAGGCGAGCAGCUCCAGAGAAGGGGGGUUUUAAUGCCAUCCAAGUGCCGACGCGAGCCACGUAAUCGUAUGCGACGUUCCAUUUUCCCCGACUGUAAAUGUUGUGUCGGCAAACAGGCAGAACCUUACGAUUUUGUAGGAAGACGUUCCCCAUCCGAUAGCAUUCCUUUCCCAUGCGUCGUGCUUUGA